AUCAGUUAGCUUAACUAUGGAGCACAGGAAGCGACAUGGGGAGAAAAUGAAAAGGAUUUAACUAUGAAAUGUCAAAAUAUUGAUAAUAAUAUUAAGAAGAAGAAGAAGAAGAAGAAGAAGAAGAAGAAGAAAACUCUGGGCUAAAUCAAAUACAUAUUCAAUCAUAUACAUAUUAACAUAGGGGUCAAAGGCCAGAAUAAUUUAGAGUUUAUUCAUUUGGGAGGUGAUUUUGAGGUGAGAUUUCCCAUUGCUGCAGUGAAAUGUAACCAAAUUUGUACAUGUGGCAGAUUAAGACACCGGGAAGAAGAUGUAAAGACAAUGACGUUGUUUUUGGUUUCCAUCUGUUCCCCGAAUAUAUCCGCUCAGAGAGGUGUCUGUGUCUGAGUACCUGUGGGCUCGGUGCUGUAGCUUCAGGGCUGGUGAUGUCGGCGCAGUCGCAGGCUGAGGUGGAGUCAGCGUCAGCAUCUGUCCGCUGCAUGCAGAGAACCGGAAGGAUGCUGCGGCGCGGGGGAAGCGUGGGGAUUUCAUCGUGUUGACGCUGUAUCCGAUUAUAAACAGUUCCGUCCUCUGACCGGACCACGUCCAUUUUUUUUUUAUUCAUUAAUGUUAUAUUGUCGUUGUUGACAUCGGCUGCCAUGUUCCCGUCGUGUUAUACUAAACCCGCGGAGAGCGGCGCCAAACGGAGCUCCAUCGCUAAGCUGCUGCUCGGAGUGUUCGUGGUUUAUAUGCUGCACACCGUGUGGCUGCUGUACGGAUUCCUCAACACCAAACCCUGCGAUGGAGGCAGAGGAGAGACAUGCAUCGCCUCCUACCUGACAGCGAGACCCAGACUGGUGCUGAGCGUCUUCACCUGCCUGGAGCCAGACAACAGCCAGCUCAACCUUGCUCUGAAAAUAGACCCAUUUGACCCUCACUCCACAUAUGAGAGGCAGGUGAAUGUCUCUCUGCCGCAGGAGACUCGGGCCAACGGCACUCUGUACGCGGUCGUGUACGUUCACAAAGUCGGUGUUUCGCCUCUGGAGGACAGCAGAGAAGUCCACCACGCAGCUCAGCUCACCACCUACAUCGCUCCCACACACACCGAUGUGCAGAGAGACACGCAGAAGAGGCCCAGUCCUGUGUCCCACUGGAGACCUCACCUGUCCAUCACGAUGAUGUCAGAGGACUUCACCUUCAACAAGGCGGGGCUUCCUAGUGACGUGCGGCGCUACAUGAGAGUCUCUCAGGACGGCCGACAGAUGAUCUACCUCCCUCUGCUGCUGAUUAACGAGCUCAACUUCAGAGUCAGAGACCUCAUGGAGAUCAGCAGCAGCACAGUUCAGCUCCCUCUGACCGUGUCCUACGAGGGAAUCUCUCUAAGGGGGUUCAGGUUCUGGGUGCAUCUGCAGGACGUGGUUUAUUCCCUGCGGCAGUUUGGCUUCACAGAGGAGAACGUGGACGAGAUUAAAGAAACUUUGGUGGACUCCAACCUCUACCUGUUAGUGCUGACUGCACUCAUCACAGCUCUGCAGCUCAUCUGUGAGUUCUUGGCUCUUAAAAACGACAUCAGCUCGUGGAGAAAAAAGAAGAGCAUGGUGGGAAUGUCCAGGAAGUCUGUUCUGUGGCGUAGUCUGAGCACUUUGCUCAUUUUCCUCCAUCUGCUAGAGGAGACCAGUCUGCUGGUGCUGCUUCCCGUUGGGCUGGGAGCGUGUGUCGAGGUGUGGAAGGUGUUUAAAGUGUUUAACAUCCAGCUGAAAAGCUCCAAACUCCAUGUAAAAAAGCUGGAUGAGGAAGAAAGAAAGACUGUGGAGUAUGAUGCGCAGGCGUCCAGAUACUUGUCCUACUUGGUCUAUCCUCUGUGUAUCAGUGGAGCUAUUUUCUCACUGGCCUACUUACGCCAAAAGAAUUACUAUUCCUGGUUGAUCAACAGUCUGGUGACGGGAGUGUAUGCUUUUGGCUUCCUGUCUAUGGCCCCACAGCUCUUUAUAAACUACAAGAUGAGGUCUGUGAGCCACCUGCAGGGGACAGUGUUGAUGUACAGAGGAGUGAACACGCUGAUCUCAGACCUGUGCUCCUGUGCCUCCCUCCUCUCCUCUUCUGGAUCCUUCUGCUCCUCUCACCAGCUCUCCUGCUUCAGAGAUGAGCUCCUCUUCUUCCUCUACCUCUACCAGCGAAGGCGUUACGCCCACAAGGCCCGGAGGCGAGAGUCCGCAACCCACAGCAAGAAACUAAAGACUCAGUGAGGAGAAGACGAAUUCUUCUGCUCUCCUUUUACAGAAAUCAGUGCACAACACAGAAAGACUGAUGUGAGGUGGAGACUCCAGCAGGCCACAGCAUCGUCAGACUGACCCGAGACGAGCUGUCCUGCUGCAGGCUCCUCGCUGCUGUACACUCCGGGUGCCGCAGCCGUUUGCGUCUCCUUUUACUUCCAACAGUGACCGAACCCCCUCAUACAGACUCUCUCUUCUGCACAUGCCAGGCUUGGCUAGUGGUUACAUUUCAAGAACAAUAUUGAUGGCAUCAUGUCACCGGUCGUGGCGUGCGUUGGCUUGAUUUAGCUUUCUGUGCACGCGUAACAAGUUCACAGUCCUGGGUCAUAAGACUGAACCACGAUUGUCUCCAAAUGAGUAACACACUUAACAUCAUUAAUGAAUGGUGAAUUUAUAUUUAAUUCAAUUGUAGUUAAGCAUUAUUUCACUGGUAAGAAACAUAACAAAGCAUUAAUUAAGCAGUUGUUUAUCGUAAAGCAGCAUCUGAUGUUUAUGAUAUUUUGUAAAUGUCUUAUCAAUUCUGUGUAUCUCCAAACAUUAUUUAGAUGGCCAUUAUCAAGCUGAUGUUUAUAAACCUGUACAAGUUGUUUUUAAGCAUUUCAUUGUGAAAUCAAUAUUAACUAAAGUUGAAUUAAUUAAUGUACCAUUUACUAAUGAUGGUUAUUACAAAGUGUUGCCACAGUCUGUACUUUUGGCUUAUUCCGGCAUUUUACUGGAGCUGAGGCCGUUCCCUAAUAAAAGCAUCAAAUACCCCAAAAAAUAAUUCAGGGUUAGGGUUAAAGACAUACACCUGAAACUAUAUGGAGUUUAUAUAACAGAAAUAUCAGAACACAAAGCAACAUAAUUUUAGCGGUCGCACCAAUGAAUCUAAUGAUCGUUAUUUUGCACCGAUGACGUAAUCCGACCAGCAACAUAAAGCACUUUUCACCCUUCAUCCAGUUUGAUCUACCGGACGUGUAGGUUUGAUGUCAGUCUCAUGUCUUAAAUGUCAUUCCCUAGUCUCUGUCAUCCUUAAUGUUCCUGAUGUCAGUUAUCUCAUUAUCUGUGUACUGUACAAAUAGUUUUAAAACGACUUGACUUUGCAAUGUUAACAUAAAAAAGAACAGGCUGCGCUAUCGCCAGCAGUUUGGCCCCUGACUGCAGAUAUCCUGAUUGCAUGUGUCUAUGAAAUCCCUGCAAUGCAUUUUGACUCCCAGCAUACAGUACAGCCACAGUAUACAAUAUCGGUCUGUUCCCUCUCGCUCAGCACACAAGCAUUUAUUGAUACGGAGGAACUUAACUUUGACCGAAUGUCACCAGGCUGUGCUUGUGCUCGUAUUACCUUGACCUCACCUGAGCUCAUUUCCGCUUCUUCGCUGACUCAACUGCUUGAGCUGGAGAAAAAUUUCAUACAUUUAACAUCAUUUUUCGGAUUAUUUUAAUUUGUUAAUUUCAUCGAUUUGGCGAUGCACCCUCUGCUUGUUAAUUUUUGUUUUUUACAAUAUGAAAUAAAGGUUUAUUCAAAUUGGAAUAAA